AUGUUCUCACGUCGAAGCUUUGAACGCUUCUGUGUACUGGUUCUAGGCCUCGCUGCCACUAGCACUCUUGUUGAAGCAGGGCCCUGCGAUAUCUACGCCUCCGGCAACACUCCCUGCAUCGCCGCGCACAGCACCACUCGCGCCCUGUACAACGCCUACACCGGCGCACUCUACCAGGUCAAACGUGGCUCCGACGGCACCACGACCGAUAUCUCGCCGCUUUCCGCUGGUGGGGUUGCAAAUGCCGCUGCCCAGGACAAAUUCUGUUCAAACACCACCUGCUUGAUCACAAUCAUUUAUGACCAGUCUGGCCGCGGUAAUCAUCUUAAACAGGCACCACCCGGCGGAUUCAAAGGCCCUGAAGCUAAUGGCUACGACAACCUGGCCAGCGCGAUAGGCGCACCAGUCACGCUAAACGGCAACAAGGCCUACGGCGUGUUCAUGUCGCCCGGCACGGGCUACAGCAACAACGCCGCCAGCGGCACGGCUACAGGGGACGAAGCGGAGGGCAUGUACGCAGUGCUUGAUGGAACCCACUACAAUGGCGCCUGCUGCUUCGACUACGGCAACGCCGAGAUCAGCAGUACCGAUACGGGUAACGGCCACAUGGAAGCCAUCUACUAUGGUGACAACACCGCCUGGGGCUCCGGUGCUGGAAGCGGCCCAUGGAUCAUGGCUGACCUCGAGAACGGCCUGUUCUCUGGCUCAAGCCCAGCCAACAACGCCGGCGAUCCGUCGAUAUCCCACCGUUUUGUCAAUGCGGUUGUCAAGGGAGGACCAAACAAGUGGGCCAUCCGCGGCGGCAAUGCGGCCUCCGGUCCCCUGUCAACAUACUACAGCGGUGCUCGUCCAAGUGUGUCUGGAUACAACCCGAUGAGCAAAGAGGGUGCCAUCAUCCUUGGCAUUGGCGGCGACAACAGCAACGGCGCCCAGGGCACGUUCUACGAGGGCGUCAUGACCUCUGGCUACCCUACCGAUGCCACCGAGAACUCGGUGCAGGCUAACAUCGUAGCGGCUAAAUACGCUACCGCGCCACUGACUAGUGGGACCGCGCUCACCGUCGGUUCCUCGAUCUCGCUGCGGGCUACCACGUCCGGUUACACGACGCGCUACAUCGCACACACUGGCGCGACUAUCAACACUCAGGUUGUCUCGUCGUCUAGUACUACCGCCCUUAAGAAACAGGCUAGUUGGACGGUUCGCGCUGGUCUUGCCAAUAGCGAUUGCUUCUCGUUUGAGUCCGUCGAUACCCCGGGGAGCUUCAUCCGGCACGCUGAUUUCGCGCUCGUGCUUGCCGCCAACGACGGCACGAAGUUGGUUCACGAGGACGCCACCUUCUGCCCACAGACAGGCCUUAAUGGUGAGAGCAGCUCGAUUCGGUCCUGGAGUUAUCCCACCCGCUACUUCCGCCACUACGAGAACGUGCUAUACAUUGCCAGCAACGGCGGUGUCCACACGUUCGACUCUGCUACUUCUUUCAAUAGCGAUGUGAGCUGGGUGAUAAGCAAGGGCUUUGCUUGA